GAAUAUGGCCGCGCGGUCAGUGUGGGCGGUCCGGCGGCUGGUGCAGCGCCUCCUGGCCCCGAGUGCCGCGUCCGAAGGCAGGGGAUGGCUGCAUCCUUUCAGCACCGCCACCCAGAGAACUGCUGGAGAGGACUGCAGUUCUGAGGACCCUCCCGAUGACCUUGGGCCCUCUCUUGCAGAACGAGCCUUAAAGCUUAAAGCUGUGAAACUGGAGAAAGAAGUCCAGGACUUAACAAUGAGAUACCAGAGAGCUGUAGCUGAUGGUGAAAACAUAAGGCGGCGAACCCAGAGAUGUGUAGAAGAUGCCAAGAUAUUUGGAAUUCAGAGUUUCUGUAAGGACUUGGUAGAGGUGGCAGACAUUUUGGAGAAGACUACAGAGUACAUUUCUGAAGAAACAGAGCCUGGGGACCAGAAGCUCACUCUGGAGAAGAUCUUCCGAGGGUUAUCACUUUUAGAAGCAAAGCUGAAAAGUGUGUUUGCCAAACAUGGCCUAGAGAAGAUGACACCCAUCGGUGACAAAUAUGACCCUCAUGAGCAUGAACUCAUCUGUCACGUGCCCGCUGGCGUUGGGGUACAGCCCGGCACCGUGGCAUUAGUAAGGCAAGAUGGCUACAAGCUUCAUGGCCGCACCAUUAGACUUGCCCAGGUGGAAGUGGCCGUGGAGUCUCAGAGAAGACUAUGAAAGGACCGUG